AUUUAAAUUCCAACUCAAAAAUAAUUCGUUGAUCGUAAAUAGAUUUUUUACGGGUAAUGUAUUGUACAUACAUACGUGUAUGCGUGUAAAUGCAAACUAUGCGACAUGACUUAGCCUUCCCUCGUCGUCAUGGACACACCGAAGAAAACAAAGUUAGCCGAGACUGCUAGAGGAACGAGCACGUGAGCAUCUGUCAUUUUCAAGGUGUUUUCUUUUCGUUCGAAUAUUUCAUUAUAAUUUUAAAUGGCAUCAAAAGUUACCGAAGAAAAUGAUAGGGAAUCAGCGUUGCGUGUAUCAAUGGAAAAAGAAAAAAAUCGUAAGACGGAUCCUAAGGAGACUCAUGAGAGGUCUAUUAUCAUCGUUGGUAGUAAAAGCGUUGGGAAAACUACGAUGGUAAAUCGAUUUCUUGAAAAGGACGAAAAACCGAAGCCGACAAUUGCAAUGGAGUAUUCUUUUGGCCGAAAAGCUGGUAAGAGUUUGGUGAAGAACAUAGUUCAUGUGUGGGAAAUUGGCUAUGUAUCUUCUUCUUUAAUUUCCGCUGCUAUGAGUGGAUCGGCCUUAACCCAUUCGCCGCAUCACACGACGCUCUUGAUGAUGUUGGAUUUAUCGAAACCGGAAGUAUUAUGGAUCACCUUCGAGGACAUUUUAUCGGCUGUACGAAGCGCAUUAAAGAUGAGUCACAAUUCGAAACUCAUUAACGAGAUGAUCGAGUACAGAACGAGGGAAAGAAAGAGCGUGGAGAAUAUGACCGAUCACUUACCCCUUAAAACGUUUAUAAUUGGAGGAAAAUACGAUGAAUUUCAGGACUUCGAUUUAGACAAGAAGGAAGUAAUAGGAAAAACGUUACGAGCGAUCGCGCAUAGUUUAGGAGCUGGACUCCAUUAUUAUUCUUGCAAGGAAAAAAUUCUCUUACGAAAAACGAAAGAUUUGUUGUCUCAUAUUGGAUUUGGAGCUGUUCUCGCAGAAGGGAAGUUUACGAGUUACGACAAACCUCUGAUUAUAUCGCCCGGUGCAGAUUCCUUCACGUCGAUCGACUUGCAAUUACCUUAUUCGAAACCAUCCAUGAUUUUAGACACUAUUAAGCAGACAUUCGUGGUUCGUGUACCGCAAAUAACAAGAAACGACGAAUCUACUUUAGAAGACCCAAGUAACGAUCCGAACUUUAACGAGCCCAUUAUCGAUAAACUGAAAGUUCAAAGAGAAGAGGAGAUUAGCAUUCUUCUCGACGAUAUGCUGAACGGUCGAACACAACAAAUUCCCAUUCCCGAUCCGAUUUAAAUAGAAUUCGAACGAUCGGUAAGAGCUACGACGAAUCUGCAUUCGAUAUAAAUGUACCAAUGAUAAAUUUGUCUUUGUAUCUUUUUAUAGUAAUGGAUAUACAUCAAGAAGAGCUUCAGGUUCUGUACGUAUGUAGAGGAGCGAAAAAUUUGUAAUUUUUUAUUAAAUAAAACCUUGAUUAAAAAUUAAUAUCUAUAAUCGAUAUGCACACGAGAUCUUUCACACGCUAUAAAAUCCAAAAAGUGUCAGGAUGACGAGAGAUUACGUAAUGGUCGUUAACAAUCACGUUCGUCGUUGUAAAUGGUAGAACAAUCGAUCCAACGAUACUUCGCGUAUGUGUGUAUGUAUAUGCACUAAACUCUCAUCGUAGACCGGUAAUAAAUUUUUUACUUUGUUGGAUCGUAUGUAGAUACGUAGAUAGAUAUGUGUAUAAAUGAGGGUAGUUGGUGAAGAAGGUGCAAUGUCUCGGGGCAGUUUAGGAGUUAAUGGGUCAACGAGAAGAUCAUGAACCAGUCGUGAGCGAGAAGCGGUCCGCGGCAUUCGAAGAUCUUGCAAGGUCUCGUUUGAUAUAUUGAAAGGAGAAAGAAUAAGGGGAAGGGGGAAAGAGUAGAAGAGAAAGAUAAAAAUAUUGCAUGGCUUAAUGAUUAAAUAUAACAAGUGAUAGUUA